GCGGGAGAUUUGAAAGUUGUCAAUAUAUGAUAAAAACCCGGUACUAACCCCUUUAAAUAUUUUUCCUACAAAUGAUACCCACAAGAAAUACUUCAGAAUAGAAAACUUAAAACAAAAAUAAACAAAAAACUCCAAAAAUGCCGCAUAAAAAGAUGAAGUAUUUGAACGACUUGGUACAUGACGCAGAAGAAUUAGACCCCUUGGAAAUUCGCUUUCCCUUGCCGAUGCAAAGUGAUCCGUCAAUGUGCCGAGAUACGUUUCUUAAAGGUCUGAUUAGGGAGCACGAGUCCCGAGUGGCAUCAUUAGCGGCCAGAUCGACAGUGCGUGGCGCUUCGAUAGUCAACAAGCCUGUGGAGCUCCACGACUCAGAUGUGAAGGAAGCCGAGGCUAUGGUGGUGCUGCAGUUGGCCAAAAGGCGCCAAAGAUCGUCCACAAAGAGGACAAUGGAACAAGUAUUAGCUAGCAUCAGAGUGAGGUCGAGCAUAAUAGCGGAUCUUAUUCGCCAAAUCCAAAAGGCGGCCAUCGAAUUCCUCUCGGUUCGUCUGCUCAAGCAAUUGCGACUCUUCUCGAUACCCUGGCCAGGCGAACUGGACGAGACCCCAAACAACCUGUUUAGCUGGUCGUCGGAUGACUUCUUUUUGCGACUGGGCGUGAAUCAGAUCUACCUCGAUGUCCUCUAUCGAGAGCGAAGUGUCAACGAUCUCGAUUGUGCUAAGUUCUGCAAGGAUCUCAGCGAAAUAGAACUCCUUAUAUACGCAAUCAGGGAAGAUUUUCGAAACGACGUAGACCUCUACGAAAACAGCAUUCAUUUGUUAAACAAGGCCGCAUACCACAAGAAUGCUUCAUGGGUAAAGAGCCUCAAUGAUAAUCUACGAGAUAUAGCGUCCAACGCUUUGCUCUUUGAGCAAACUAGCACCUUAAACACGUUAGCGCGUAACUCUUCUGUAAUGGUAAUGUUCGAAAGUCAGUCAGCCCUAGAUCCAAUUGAAAUCCGAUUUCAAAUCAAUUGGAUUAGAAGCUGCACGGAUCAGCGUCUCUGCCGGCUAAACGGAAGAGAGGAUGAGAUAAGAAAAGAACUGCACGACCUGGAAGAACAAGCAUUGCAGGAGGAAUCGGUGCAGCAUUCCUCCCAGCUCAUGUAUUCGCUGGAGGUGGAAGAGCUUAGGAAUAGCAUUAGAAAUUGGCAGGAGCGACUUGAUACCGAUUUGGAGAACGCCGACGUCAUGUGCACGGUAUCGCGACUUGCACUGCAAAAGGUUAAGGACGAUCUCAAGUUUUACAUGGAGCAGAAGGCAAUGUAUCUUUCGCGAAUAGACGAAGUGCAAGCUAUCAUAGAUCAGGAAAAGAUGACUCGCGAAGAAAGGGAAUUAGCUGCCUUAAAACGAAUGUCGAGGGGGUCUUUAAGAAAGUCUGUAGGAAAUUCUGAAAAGAACUUUCGAAAUAAGCCUGAAAGGAAAUCAGAAAGGAAGUCAGAAAGGAAGUCAGAAAGGAAGUCAGAAAGGAAGUCGGAAAGGAAAUCAGAAAGGAAGUCUGAUAUUAAAGCUGAAAGAAAAUCUGAAACGAUGCUGGCGAGAAAAUCUCAAAGAAUAUCCAGAAAUUCUAAAGUUUAAUACCAGAUACUACAUUUCGGCCCAUUCUACUUAUAUAUGUUUCCAAUUUACCAAAGGUUUCAAUAAAAUACUUCUUAAGCUUCA